AUGUUUAAUAUUGCUAAAAAAUUAGUUAAAUCUUUUGAACAAAGUGUUAAUGAAACACUAUCUUCUGCUGUAUCCAAUGGUCAAGAUUCAUAUUUUCACAGUAUUCCCCAACAGUUGUUACUAGGUAAUUACAGUAAUGAUGGUGAAAUACAAUACUCUUCAUUACAUGGAUUAAGGGUUUUGUAUUGUGAUGAAAUACAAGUACAAUUACAAUCUUUUUUUGACUACAUUGUAGGACUCAACGAUGUCCCAUUGCCUUUAACCUUUAAUACUCAUGGCUUCCCAUUUCCGGAUUAUAAUGCUAUAUUUGAAAUCAUAAAUAGUCAGCUAAAAAAUGGUUACAAUGUCAAAUUUAAUGUGUGGAGCGGCAAAGGCGGUGUCUACAGAGAUGUGUACAUGAAUCUACAACCUCAAACUCAGGAAGAUCACUUACAGGAAAUUUCACUGAAUAAUGAGUCGUACCAAGAAAAACAGCAUCAAUAUGUUAAACUGUUUGAUACUUUAGGGUUCAAAGUUCAAUGGCAACCAUUGAUUGCUUCUACUUAUACAUACCAUAUAUUGACCAUCUAUAACCAAUCAGGCGCAGCCUUUCAAGCUGGUCUAAUUCCACAAGAGGAUUAUAUUAUUGGUUGUCAAGACGGGUUGUUAGCUACUGGUGGAGAAAAUUUAUUAUAUGAUAUUUUGCAAAGUAAAAAAACCCAGGAUCUAGUUUUAUACGUUUAUAAUAGCGCUAAUGAUUGUGUUAGACCAGUUACUGUCCAUUUAGAUGAUGAAGGAAGAUUAGGUUGUAAUGUAGGUUAUGGAUAUUUGCAUAGAAUACCUACUCCUUUCAAUAAUUCCACUGAACCUAUCAAGGCUACUGCUGUGGAUACUCCUAAAACAAUUAGUACGGAGUUUACUAAUGAAAACUCGGACCAAGUUUUCCAACCUUUUAUGGUUAAUCACCUCAAGCCUUCUUCUUCUUCUUCUUCUUCUCCUUCUCCUUUUACUACUGCUACUACAAAUAUCAGAACUAGAAAAUAUCAUCACAGUAACGUCAAUAGCAAUAACAAUGAUACAAAUUUGUUAACUGAUUUAGUAGAACGUGACGUGGAUAAUACAAGUAAUAAUGGUAGUAGCAUUAGUAUUACUCCACCACCCAUUAUUAACAAAAAAUAA